UGGAGUUUUGAGACAGACAGGGUCGCUUUAUGGAAAAAGGCUGCGUUUGGGAUGAAGCCCCUCUAUUCAGACUUGUUUAUGGUUAUCAGGCUGUAGAAAAGUCAGGCUGAUCCAGAGGGGGCCAGACUGGCAAGGCAGACGAUCAAGAGGACGGUAGAAAGGAAACGGGAGUUUUUUUCAUCGGACUGAGUAAACCCACAAAGGAGUUUACAACAAAGUUCAAGAUAUUGAGAGUUAAAGAAACUUUCCAGGUUGCUCUUGCUUUGUUGUUUUGCUAGUUUUAAGGGGACUUCGAGAGACGUCGCUAUCUGAGGGGCCAGGAGGAGGCGUUUUCGGAGUUCUUUUCUCCUUAGAAUGAAGUUGGAAACACGACCCCCAGGUUAUCAGUGGAGUUUUGCAAGACAAUGCGUAUGAAAAUAUGCAAGAAUCCCAGGAAGUCCUCAUGCCCAACCACCUUGACGAAGUCAUUGCUGCGGUCAGCGUCACUUCUAAAAAGAGGAUCCCAAACAAGCUGCUUCAGACAGCCCUGUUCCAGCCCCCUCGAGAGAAACUCCACCUGUGCAAAGAGAGAGCAAAAUCCUACUCCAGCAGCUGUGAGUAUAAACAGGCCAUCCAGGAGCUUGUGCGCUGUGUGGCAUUGACAAGAAUUUGCUAUGGCGACUCACACUGGAAACUAGCAGAGGCAUAUGUUAAUCUGGCUCAAGGCUACCUGCAGCUGAAAGGGUUGUCACUACAAGCAAAGCAACAUGCAGAAAAAGCCAAAGAAAUCCUAGCCAACUCCAUUGAGAGUCCCUAUCAUGACAAUACAGAUAUCUUCAAGUGUUCCUUAGAGCUUUUCUAUACCAUGGGGAAAGCUCUGCUGUCCCUUCAAAAAUUUAAAGAAGCCUCAGAGAACUUGGUAAAAGCAGAAAGACUUUCCAAGGAGAUGCUGCAAUGUGGGAACAUUAUAAAGGAGGAGUGGGUAGAAAUGCAAGCUCGGAUCAAGAUGUCCUUUGCACAGGUGUGUCAAGGUCAGAAAAGAUCAAAAGAAGCCUUGCCUUACUAUCAGAAGGCUUUGGAAUAUACCGAGAUCACCAAAGAUGCAGAAAGUCUUGAGUGUGUACCAAUACUAAGGGAACUGGCGGGAGUGGAGCAAGCCCUGGGAUUCCACGACGCUGCUGUCAGUCAUUUCUCACGGGCACAUCUCAUCGUCCUGAGUAAAAAUCCCUCCCCAGAGGAGGCUGCAGACUCUGCACACUUUAUUGCCCGGGCUGCUGUUGCUUCUGGGAAGCACGACCACCACGAUGUGGCUGAGCAGUAUUUUCAGGAAAGCAUGACUCAUGUGAAGGGUUCUGAAGGAGCAGGAAGAGCCAAGUUCCUUUCCAUUCAAGAUGAAUUUUGCAAUUUUCUGCAGAUCACUGGACAAAAAGAAAGAGCGACAAUGAUCCUGAGGGAGUCCCUGGAAGCCAAAGUAGGAGCAUUCGGUGACUUCAGCCCCGAGGUGGCAGAGACAUACCGGGUCCUGGGCAGGGCAGACCUGGCACAGGGAAACCACUGCGGAGCACACACGAAACUAAAGAAGGGAAUUAGGGGCCAGGGAGAAGACCCUUCAAUCACCAAAGAGUGUGUUCAGAUUGAGACGUUCUUGUAUGGAUCGCAGGACAAGAGGACCCUGGCCACCCAGCAGACCGUAGACACAUUGUCCAAGAUCUCCGAGGUUUCCACCAAGCCGAGGCAAUCUCUGAAAGCCAAGACAGCAUCGUGCACCAGUGCCCCUCAGUACACCGUACCAGGGAAGGCCAGGCACAAUGCAGCCGACUGAUCCCCCCACCCCUCACAUGCCCCACAGAAAGUUCUGAGAAAGACUUGGCAUCACUUUUAGGGUGCUGAACAAACCUCUCUCCAAACAGAAGGUGGUAUUUAGCAGUCACUGCAGAUUUUUAAGGCUGUUCGCUCUGGCAUGCAACAGCAAUACCAUGAAUCUUCCACAUGUCAACUGUGGAGGGCCCCUUCAGGGUGAUCUGGUGCUUUGCUUAUUUACAUUUGUAUAACUUUGAUCAUUUCUCUCACCAAGGAGAAUUUCCCCUGUCCAUUGUCUCUACUAUGUCUGAAAGACGCUUAGGAAGUCGGGGCUUCCUGCAGGAAGUAGACUGCCCCUGACCGCAGGCGGAGCCCCUGCACAUCCCAGAGCCACCUCCAGGGCAGCGAGACUACACAAAGUCUUCCGUGUAGGAAAGUA